ACCACUUGUUGGAAAAUAAGUACCUAAGUGUUUUAAAACCUAAGUUUUUUUUGUGCGGUUUGUGAUAUUCUGGACCUUUUGUUGCGAAGAAUGGCGUACAGAAAAUGUGAAAUAUGUGGUUUGAGAUCGGAGCGAAAAGACGGGAUUAAACGCUAUUUUAUGGCUAGAUUUCCUCUAGAUAAACUGCGGUGUAAAGAAUGGGUGAAAAUGUCAGGAAAAGAGGAUCUUGCUUAUUUACCCAUUGAAAAAUUGCAUCAGUUAAAAUUUGUGUGUGGCAAACAUUUUAAAGAAAGUGAUUUCAAGAAAAAACGAACUCAGCUAAAAAAAACAGCUAUACCAUCAUUAAGACUGACUUCUGCGCCACUUUCAGACACUAUUCUGGCUGAAUUUCCUUAUCACCUCUUCAAAGAACAGCGAGAAGAUGAACCAUCAACUUCUUCUGUUCAUCAAGUUAGUCUGUCAGGCAGACCAUUACCUUCUCUUACUCCACAAGUUGAAAUGACUACAGUUGAAGAGGCAAAACAUAUUUUUUAUGAAGAUGACAUUCCAUCAGUGGAGUACACUGUGAACAUUAUAACAAGUGAACAAUGCAUUGUUGAAAGAGGUAUGUUGUGUCUUACUAUGUAA